GAAGAUUUUGUUGUUACUUACGAGUCACAUCUUCUUAAUUCUCGUCGAUAACGGUUUGUGGGAAUCCCACUCACAGUAUAGCUAGUUGAACCAGUUGAGCAUUAACGGUGAGAGCAUGCGUACCUGAUUCAUCCAUUUGAACUACCCCCUAAUGAAAUAUGUACAUCACAUAUUCCAUAUUAUUAUAUUUCCUCGUUUGUGACUCAUUACCUUCCAUACUUGCUCAAGCUGUAUCGCACAUCGGCCCCUUUUUAUCACCAAAUUCUAGUGCACCUGUGCUUGAACUUACAGAAAGCACCACCGCAUCCUCGUUCACAGAGAUUAAGACUCGAAUCAGCGUUAAACCUUCUUCUUUUGUUUCUGCUACCUCCACAGAGCUAUUGGAACCCAUCAAUAUAACGGAAACGCUUGAGCCAGGAUUAAGUUCCUCAGAUCUGUCUCAAAUUCUGCCCUCUGAGUCAAAUCCCCGGGCUACUAGUACCACGAUCGAAUGGAUUACUGCCUCAUUACCACCUAGCACCACCACCACUACCAUUACAUUCCCCUUGAUCGAAUCUAAAACUGCUUUAUCUGAAUCUGGGACCUCGGUUUCUGCUUUUACUUCAUCUACCAACACAGGUACUUCUGAGGUCUUUCUGAGUACUCCACAAUUCACUUCUUUGGUAUCUUCAUCAAUCUUGAUCAGUACUAGCACCUCAGCGCUUUCUGUUGCUCUUUCUACAUCCAACUCUGCAAUACUAACUCCAUCUGAAACUGGAAUCUCUGGCAUACCAACGGAAACGCCAUUCUCUUCUGCUGAAUUAAGUAGUAUUGCACCUUCCGCCUCUCUCGGUGCCUUAUCAAGUAGCAUUGAGCCUUUAGCUUCAUCUACUGCCAUAUCCACAACGGAUUUUAGCAUAACAACUUUAUUAAACUAUGAGAGUUCUACACCGGAUUCUAGUACAGCCCUUUUACCUGAAUCAACAAUCUCCUCCACAAUUAUAGCAACUCUAUCUACCAUUCCAAUCAACUCCUCAAUAUUAAGCUCAUCUACCCUUCCUUCGGUCACUACACCUGGUCCGAGCAGUUUUGUGCCUGUUACAACCGUUCCUUCACCUCCAUCAAGAAAUAGUGGGAGUGGUUCAUCCGCACGCGCUUCAGACUCAAAUGAUUCUUCCCUAAGUGCCUCCGGGUCGGGAAAUGGUUCAUCUCCAUCAGAUUCUAUAGCAACUAUUACACCGCAGAUCUUUACAACAUAUUCUGAUACAACAAAUUCAUAUCAAUCUGAGACCUCAACAGCAGAUAUCGACACUGUGCUUUCCACAAAAACUAGUGAUGUACCUUCCAUCAUCGAACCUGCAGCAUCACCCACAGGCAUCUCACCUGGCACAGACCCUAUUGGUACUAAGCCCACCAGCAGUACAGGAUUAGCACUAUCAUCCAGUGAGAUCGUCAGUUCGAAGACUCUGUCUGGAUUUGACACUUCUACAAAAAACUCUAGUACAACUCAGGUUAACACAGAACCGUAUUCUGGAGCGAGCCACACCCUCUGCCCAUCAACGACUGGAAUUAUCAGUUCAACGUUAGACACUUCUACCACCACAGCUCCUACUUUGACUGAUUUGGUACCGUCAUCAUCACUAAUAGAUGAGACCAUUAGCAGUGACAAUGAAUCGCUUAUCAGUACUACCAGUGGCUCGAUAUCAGGUUUCUUUAUCGAAUCGCUCCCUACCGUGACCCCAAUAAUCAUUUCUACAACCGCAAUCUCUACCAAUCCGACUCCGGUACCUCAAUCUAACAUGGAAUCAACUGCACAGUCUCUUUCCGUCCCGUCUGUUCCUGUCACUGUCAACUUUGUUCCAGGAGAUAUGGCGGAAUCAAAAACAACAACAUACCUAAGCUCAGUUUAUACACUUAUUCAAGUUUACACCAGAUCCCCUACAUCCAGUGUGAUAGAGUCAAGUAGCAGUCCCAUCCUUCCGAAUUAGUCGGACCGCACGGAUGUUACUCGCUCCAGAAAUUAGGACAUCUAGAUUCUUCUGUCAACCCUCCGCAUCAUAUGCUAGUGGAAUAUUCAAUCCGGGAUUUAUCACUUGUCAAACCACGGACUGGGACAUUCCUGUCACUGUUUUAAACCUCGGAAAAUUGACAAGUGAUCUGGGAUCCUCAAUUGUAUGGAUCGUCGAGAAACAAUAGAACAUGACACCUUCCUUCAAAGUUAAGCCGCAAUCCUCUACAGGUCCACAAACAUACAGCUCUUGGAAUCGACGAUGAUGAUAGAAAGGACGUGAUAUCUGUAUAUCGGCCUGGUGAAUGAGACAUAGACUGAUUACGACUAGUGAGAGAGAAGAAAGCUCGCAAACUGUGCUGUAGGCUUUGGAUUGUGGCCUUCGACUAUGAACACGUUUUCUUUGCUUUCAAUUUGCUUUCAAGGUGCGUAAAUGAUUAAUUGAGACAAUGAUUUUUGAGAGGCAUUAGUCUAGUUGGGGCGUUGGACUUUCAAUUAGCUUGAAUUUAUACUGCGGAGAUUUUAUCACUUUUAUAUCCAAGAAAAUGAUCAGUUA